AGGAUUAUUAGAACUAAAAAGGAAUUCGACCAUUCCCCUUAUUUGCAUUUUUGUGUUUCUCGACUCUUCGAUCAAAUCUCCAGCGGCUCAGUUUCUCUUGUUUAUUCGUUUCUAACACCAUUCAUCUUCUUCUUCAAUCGAAGAUAAGGGUUCUGUUUUAAUCAUCGACAUGCCAAAGAUUAGAAGGGCACGCUCUUUGUCACUGGAAAAAAGUAGGACAUCUCCUUAUCCAGUCAGCCAAAAUCACGCUAGGUCAUGUAAAAAUGCCAAUUCUUUAGAAUCAGCUCAAAAUGUUAAAGAAUGGGAGGAAGCCAGAUGCCCCAUUUGCAUGGAACAUCCCCACAAUGCUGUUCUUUUAAAAUGUUCCUCUUAUGAUAGAGGUUGCAGGCCUUAUAUGUGCAACAACAGCUACCGCCACUCGAACUGCUUUGAACAAUUCUGUAAGUUACAUGGACAAAUCCCUUUAAUUACCGAAUUGCAAGAAAUUCCUUUUACACAUGUAGUCUCUCACAGACAAAUGGUUGAAUGUCCACCUUCUGGACAAUAUGGACAUGGUAGGAAUCAGCUUGCAUCGGAGUUUGUUUGCCCACUUUGUCGGGGCAGUAUAUAUGGCUAUAUAAUAGUUGAGCCUGCUCGCCAAUAUAUGAAUUCCAAAGUAAGGAGUUGUUCAUCAGAAAUCUGUGAUUUUAGCGGGACGUAUUCUGAACUCAGGAAGCAUGCCAGGUCUGAACAUCCCUAUGUCCGACCAUCAGAGGUGGAUCCAGUGCGUUGCCGUGAUUGGGUAAGAUGGCAGCAUGAAAGGGAUUUCGAGGAUGUUCUUAGUCUAGUGCAGUCUAACUAUGCUGUAGACAGUGAUGGAGAAACUUUUACAAGGGCUUUUAGGUUUUGGACGUCAUCCUUUGUUACUGAUAUGUAUGAUUCACUCAUGGACUUGCUUUCAGACAGUAUGUUGGACGCUUUGAGAGACUUAGAGUCAUUGCAAAACAGAAUGGACAAUGUGCAACGUGAUCUCAAUUCGAAUAUUUCCACCAUUGUAGGAAAUAAUUCAUCGUUGGAGACUAGACCUUAUUCCCAAUAUGCACGAAGGCGGGAUUUUGGAUCAUCUCCAUCUCAUCAUAUGCCUCGUGCUACUCAGCUGCAUGGACAGAAUCAACGUCAAAGGGUGGUGGAGAGUAUGUCCCAAUCCCGGCGAUUGCGUUGGCGAAGUCAGACUUCAUUUGAUAGACACCAAAGAUCAUUUGAGGGUACAUCACACACCCCUGAACCACGUAGGCAACACGGAAGCAUGUACAAAAGUUCCCCUCGUGCUUCUCGACUUCGUUGGCGAAAUCAGAGGUGGUCGUCAUCAUCGUCAUCAAACCGCAACGAGAGGUGACAAAACCGGGCUGGGAGUUCAAUUUUCUUUUCCCCUCAUUUGAGCUCCAUGGUUAUUGCUUAAAGCCAGAUUUGAAGAACAUUCCAAUUGGAUUAUUUUCUUUUGGGUUUCUCACUCUGCGUGGAGAAGAACAACUUUUUUUCUGUUUGCCCUAAGAACUCAUAAAAAUUGAUAAGCCAUUUUCCACACUACAGUUGCUUAUUUACUCAGACAUGGGACUUGAAUGUUUUAGUUUAUAUCAUCUAUUUUUGUUUCCAUCAGAAAUCAUAUAAUAAGAGUAGUUACCUUCCAAUUCAAAAA